AAGAAGUUCGUUAAAAAUGUUAAAAGUUGUGCCUAGUUGUCCAUUACCAAGCAAAGCUAACAUAAAGCCUUAAGUUCCUUCAGAUGUUGGAUUUGUCUUUCCAGGGACGUCUUAUACAUGUUAAUUUUUUUAAGUAAAGAAAUGGUCAAAUAGAAUUAGGUCAAAGCCUAUUGCCCACAAGAAUUCCAUAAAGUAGUAGUUUGCAGCGCUUUCUGUAAGCUGUCUAAUUAGAGGAAGAAGCAAAUGCACAAGAAUUAAGCCGUACUCUAUCUCUUAAGGCCUAGUUUCCCCUUUCCACACUCCCUUAUAUGUACCAUUUUCCUCUGCAUUUUUCCCUAUCCGUUCUUCUAUCCCAGAGCGUAUAAGAAUAUCAACGUCUAGAGGAGAAGAGAAAUAUAAUCAAUUGCAAAAAUAAUGGACAGAAGAAAGUCAUACGUAUUGGUGGCCUUCUUUGUCCUUUUGAUCUCCAUGGAAGCCGCCCUUGUUUGGGGCGAUGGCGACGGCAACAAUGGAAAUGGGAACAACGGAAACGGUAAUGGCAAUGGCGACGGAAAUGGGAACAGCGGAAACGGUAAUGGCAAUGGCAAUGGCAACAAUGGAAACGGAAAUGGGGACGGUGGCAAAGGCAACAACGGAAAUGGAAAAGGCAAAAAGAAUCAGAAGAAGGAUGACAAAAAGAAGGAUAACAAGAAGACACCAUAUGAUGCAUCAACGGACUAUGAGGUAUUGUCACCGUUAUCAAGUGGUCAGGAACGAUCUUUCUGCAAAGCUGCCGGUGAUUGCCACUCCAAGACUCUUACAUGUCCAGCUCAAUGCCCUCAGAAAAAGCCUAAGAAGAACAAGAAAAACAAAGGCUGUUUCGUUGACUGCAGUAGCAAAUGUGAAGCCACUUGCAAGUAUAGAAAACCCAACUGCAAUGGAUAUGGCUCUCUCUGUUACGAUCCUCGGUUUGUGGGUGGCGACGGAGUAAUGUUCUACUUCCAUGGAGCUAAAGGAGGAAACUUUGCUAUUGUCUCAGAUGACAACCUCCAAAUAAAUGCACACUUCAUUGGAACAAGACCACAAGGAAGGACCAGGGACUUUACAUGGGUUCAAGCCCUCUCAAUCAUGUUUGACACUCACACCCUUGUUGUUGCAGCAAAGAGAGUCUCACAUUGGGAUGACAAUGUUGAUGCCCUUAUGGUAAGUUGGGAUGGUGAAUCGGUUAACGUUCCUUCCAAUGGAGAUGCGGAAUGGAAAACUAAUGGGGAAGAAAGGGAAGUGGUAGUGGAAAGAACAGAUGAUGCUAAUAGUGUAAGAGUUAAAGUUGCUGGGCUAGUGGAAAUAUACAUAAAGGUAAGACCUAUUGGAAAAGAAGAAAACAGGGUUCACAACUACCAACUGCCAGAUGGUGAUGCUUUUGCUCACUUGGAAACACAAUUCAAAUUCUCCAGUCUGUCUGAUCUUGUUGAAGGUGUUUUGGGAAAGACUUACAGGCCAGAUUAUGUUAGCACUGUGAAGGUUGGGGUUCCAAUGCCAAUGAUGGGUGGAGAGGACAAGUACCAAACUCCAUCCCUGUUUUCUCCUCUAUGCAGGGCUUGCAGGUUCCGACGUCCAUCAGGAGUUGCUCAAUUCUGAUUUAAUAUAUAUAUAUAUAUAUAUAUAAGGUAUCAUGAAAAUAAAUAUUUUUCUUUGUUUUUAAACAACCAAUUAAGUGUCAAAUUGUGUAAUGUGCGCUUGGUAUUUUGGCAUUGUAUUCGAGUUAAAUAUGAUUCACAAUCAAUAAAGGUAAAACAACUCCAUCCUUGUUAAUCUCGUGAAUAUUAUCA